GUUUAUUUCUUUUUCCCCCAUUCUCUUUUCUUCUUUUUAAUAUGUCCAAGAAAUAUAUCACGUACAAUCAAGUUCACAAUGAUAUUCGUGAGGCAGUGAAACGCCACCGGUUGAAUGAAGAUUUCAAGCCUGAUUUGAUGAUUGCUAUUGCAGCAGGAGGUAUGAUCCCAGCACGGUUUAUGCGUACUUUUUUGAACAAGGUGAAUGGUCGUAACGUACCUAUUCAAGUGAUUGGUCUUUCUUUGUAUGAAGAAUUGGAAAUUGCUGCUGCCAAUGGUGAUACCCGUCCUGUGGAAGUGACCAAGACACAAUGGCUUAACUUUGCUCAAUCGGAAACUUCACUCUUGGGUAGACGUAUUUUGAUUGUGGAUGAAGUGGAUGAUAGUCGUAUGACGAUGGCUUAUGCUGUGGAAGAAAUUCAAAAAGAUAUCUUGGCUGAAGAAUUACGACAAGGCAUGGCUCCUGGAAGCAGUGGUACUACAAUUGGUGUCUUUGUACUACAUAAUAAGGAAAAACCCAAGAAACGACAAUUACCUGAUGAAAUCAUGAAGAAUUAUUUUGUUGGUGUCAAUAUGGCGGAUCAAUGGUUGGUUUAUCCUUGGGAUGCUAUUGAUAUUGAAGAACAUGAUGCUCUUUCCACACCUGAAUAG